AUGAUUCAAUUAAAGACACUAUUAAGUUGUAUCGACAACUCCGGCGCCUCGAUCGUCGAGUGCGUCAACGUCCUGAAGAAGAAGCGGCCCGCGACUAUCGGUCAGUCUCCGAUCCAAUCUCCACUACGAAGACAAAGAACGCGUAUUAACCAGAUGCUUUGUGCAGGUGACCGGAUUGUCGUCGUCGUCCAGAAGCAGCGAUCUGCAGGCUCCGAAGCCACCACCGCCGCAGCGCUUGCGAACAAGGUCCGUCGUGGUGAUAUCAGACAUGCGGUCGUGGUGCGCGUGAAGAAGGAGCUGCAGCGACCAGAUGGGUCAUUGGUCCGCUUUGGUGACAAUGCUUGCGUGCUCGUGAACAAGUCCGGGGAUCCCAUCGGAACACGAAUGAACGGUUAG